GUGACUGUCAGACGUCAGAUCGGUGCAAGGUUGCGAUUUUGGUGUUUUCGCAUUUCGCAAAACUUUCAAUCGGAAUUUUCGAUAGUUAUCGAGAGUGAAAUCCUUCCGUUUCGGUAUCGAGUGAAAUUCCGUGUCGUUCGCGAUCUUUUACGAGUGAAAAAUGUCCGCUACGCGUUUUAGUGCUACUGAAAAAGACGUGGAGAAGUUUAUAAAGUUUCUGGCAUUGAAAUCGGCUCAGGUCGUGGUGCAGAGUCGUCUUGGCGAGAAACUUCAAACUCAUUGUAAUCCGCAAGCAUCGGGGAACGAUUGGUUUAACGUUGUCAUCCAAGACCAUCCAGACGUCUUAUGCGAAACGAAGAAAGCGUUAAAUUUGAAUGCCAGUGAUUCGAUUAUCAAACGCUUGCCGUUAUGUAUCGAAAUAUCAUUACAAACGGUCGAAGAUGAUAAAAUGGUUUUAGAGGUAUGGUCUCUAGCCAUUCAUCCAGAACAAGCUGAUCCGACCGUUAGAGCAACUCAUACCAUUUACAAUCGUAUGGGAAUUCUUUUGAAAUCAUUAAUAUCAGCGACAAGAGCUACGCCAGCCUAUAAACUUUCGCGACGUCAAAGCUCAGAUUCUUACCAUAUCUACUACAGGAUUUAUGUCGAUGAACCACAGACUCAUAAUUUGGGUGAAGGAUUGAAACAGGUUCGAGUGGGACAAUUGAAUACAACGCUGGGUACGCUGAGUAUGUCCGUAGCAUAUCGUACGAAAAUGACAAUAUCACCAACACAAACCGGACGCGAUACCACCAUCAUGCUGAAGAGCGAUCAUUUCCUGAAUGUUAGCCCGAAGAAUGCCAGAUAUCAGAGUAACAAGAAGAGCAAUGCUCCGCGUGUUGUUGAUUGGAACACCCCAAUGAAACCAGGCGCAUUUGCCGAUCCCUCCCGAAUUAAAGUCUACACAGAAGAGGAUUACAUUUUGCCAGAGACGCCACCAUUUGCCUGGUUGCUCCAGAAAAAGGAACCAGUCUGUAAAUGUAAGCCAAGUCACAAAGCAGUGGGUCGGCGCGAAGAUGAAGACGAGUCAGUUUCAUGUACUUCAGAAAAUAACAACACGGAACAAUCUCAACAACAACAGCAUCAAACGGUCGAACAGCAGAAGUCAAAUGAAGAGAAGAAAUCAAUGGUACAAUCAACAUCGUCUGAUGUUAGUGCCGGCAGUGAUAGCACAACAACAAGUGUUAUUAGCACGGGGAAGAAACAACCAAAUCCUGAUUGGUGGAAGAAGGUGUUAGCUGAUAGUGGCUAUGUACCUAAGAAGUCUCCCUGGUGUGAUACAGAGCAAAAACCUGACAUAUUUUUAAAGGAAAUGCACUUUCCAUUCGCUACCAACAAAAACAGCGAAUCAUCUGAAUUGGCGACGUUUAUACGGCAAAUCUAUAACGCGCCAAAACUCAAGCAGUACGAAGAUGGCACAGUAAGUGACGAAGAGAAACCUGCGGUCGAAGUUGAAGAUCCAAUUAAAGACAUAACGAAGCAGUUGGAGAAAUUCGAGAUGGAUCUGGCUGACUAUGACGCGCUAGUCAAGUCCCUCACGCUACCCCCACUCGAUGACAACUCAAACAGUUAAAUAACUAAAUUACACGCCGCUGGAAUAUCAAGUGGAUAAGACAAACUACAAUACCAUGUAAUGUAUCAUAAUUGGCAUAACUAUAAUCAAUAUCCGGAAUUUAACAACUAAGUAGCCGGAGAAGAAGAGCUAUGAUAGCUGCUUAUGGUUAAUUAAGACUUCCAAAAAAUUUGAUUUAAGCUUAGUAAACGAUAAGUCGAUUAAGUGAGGAGCAAUAUUACGAUUUUGUAGUAGGUCUUUCUGAUGUGGGAGGGGAGGGGGCAAUUUGUAACGGCCGUGGAGGUUUUUUCGUCAAAUAUUAUAAGAAAUGGGAACUAGUGAAGCAGGUACUUCUCUUGUUGCAAAUAUGGACUGACUAUUUUUAUUAUUGAGCAUUAUGUCGCCCUGUAUGUGUUUUUUUGCAUAAUUUAAUUUUUGUCAUAAGAUGCGAGCUUAUUUUAGAUGUAAAUGCCUUAUAUGUUUCCAAAUAUUUAUCAUUAUCGCAUAUAAGAGAAGAAUGGAUUACGAUUCUUAAGUUUUAUUGGCUUUAAUCUUUGAAAUCCUUUUGAUCAUAUGAUUGGGAUUAGCUUUCUUUACACUUUCAUCAUUUCAUUAUGCAUUCUAUCAGUUUGAAAAACAUUUUUGUAUCAUUUAGCGUGAAAACUCUAGACGACGUUUGUAAAUAUUCAGCGAAAUUGUGGCAAUUUUCCAAUUUGUAGAAAAGAAAAAAAAAAAAUUUGAUUUCUAAAUAUGCGUUGUUAUAGUCAAAUGGAAUAUUUGAAUGGAGAGACUGAUAUUUAGUCAAUAUUAUAAGUGUUCCAAUUUUGGAUUCCUUCUUUAUAUCCAAAAGGGAAUGAAAACCUUUAGUUGCCUUCGAAAAUAUUUGCCUUUCAUAUGGCUAACAUUAUGGGAAUUCGUAUACAUUCCGACUAAGCGCUUGGUGAGGAUCAUAGCAAAGGCUAGACUUCAGUUCAACAUUUUAUGGACGGGGAUAAAUGCUAAUUCAUGGUUUUAGAGUGUCAAUAGCGCUUCAAAGUGGAGAGAAGGGUUGGCACCAAUCGCCAAAGGGUGAGUGCGUCAAGUUAUCAUCCGAAAAGCUGUGAAUUCGAUUCCAAUUAAAGCAUUGCCUUUUACGAGAUUCAAUGCCGAGCGUUUGUACUUGAGAAAGUCCAUCAGAAUGUAUACAAAUUUCGGGUGUUUUAUCACUUCAAAUUCUUUAAUAUCUUCGCGGUUAUUUGUGCUGUGACAAUCCAUUGUUCAAAAUUGUAUGAAUCCGAUAGCAGAAAUUUAUUCCAAUAUAUAGCAAAGGAAGGGCGUACAAUUAAUCUUGUUCAAGGAUUUUCGAAUGUUGUUGCGUUCCGAAUGCAAGGGGCCAGUCAUUAUUUAUUUAACCCUUCCUUCCUCCCUUCUUGGACGAUGAAAAACUUACGAAAGUAAUAACCGCGAAUGUGUUAAUUCUAUUCUCUCCUCAACGAGAGAUCAGAUGUUUAUUAGCCAAAUCGAUAGCACAAAAAUGCUCAGAUAAUAAAUUAAAUCCAAAAGAAUGAAACUUGGUGAAAACAACAUUUCAAUGCCUCUAUUGAUAUUCAUGCUGUUUUCAGUUAUCACUUAGGGAACAUUGAAUUUUUUUAAGUGUUUAAUUCAAUUUAUAUCCCUUCUUUUUCCGCAAGGCAAUGGAAAGUAUUUAGUUAUUGUAAUACUUCGAAGCCUACAAAUGAUGAUAAAUAUUCCAAAGAUGGCAAUACAGACGCAGUUUAGUAAAAUUAAUUCGUUAUUGGAUAUGCUUGUAAGUAUGUUAUCAAAAUUAUACAAAUAUUGCUUUUUGCCCUUAAAUUUACGCAGUUAACGUUAUCCCCUUGUACAAUCUUUCGUAUAUUGAAUCCUACAAAUCAUUGGAAAUGCUUUGCCACGUUAUUUUGAAUAAGACCUUUUAAGUUCAAUUUCUAUAUCUUCGCCGCUCAUAUCUCGCGUAUUCAGAUUCUCAAAUGCUAGUUUCAGGUUGAAAAUGAAAUGUGAUAGUCGAUAAAGUAACGAGCACAAUGCAAAUAAUACUUGACUAUCCACGAAUUAUAUCCAUAUCUUGCUUACAAAUGCUAAGCAAUCAAAGUUUUUCAUCUUUUCUAUGGCAACAAUCUACUCAUGAUUCUUAAAAAUUUGAGACUGAAAAAUAUAAAUCUACUUUUUGGUUAUUUUUUUACAAAAUUUUGAAAUGUUAGUGCCAAGGUUAAGUCUAGUUCAUUCCGGAUAUCUAUUGGAGAAAAUUAAAGCACUUUCGACAUUCGUUCAUUCUCACUCAGUUCCGAAUAUAGAGGGAAAUUAGUAUUAAAUGUAGAACUUACAUUUCCGAUGCAAAAAGCACACCAGCGAAAGCAAAUGACUACAAUUGACCUCAGCACUACUUCUCCGCCAUCAUCUCACCAUUAUGCAAUUACUUUUCAUAUAAAAAAUAGGAAAGUGUCGAUUAAUUUCUUCUUUAUUCAAAUUUAGCUAGAUAAAAUAAAAACUAUUUUCAGUACAGAACAAUAUAUUAUUUCACUAAACUAAUGCUCGAGCAAACGCACUGGAUGUGGAGCAAGUGUUUAUUCUUUUUCGUUAGAAAUGUUGUUUUUAUUUUAGAUAUUGAAUAAGAAUAGGGAGGAAUGAAAUGAUAAAAAAAUCCAGCUGUUAUUAUUGCUAUUAUAUUGAUAUUGGUCAUGUUUUAUAUGACCGAAUAUUGAAUGCGCUGAUUAUUAAGAGUAAUUACAUAUACAAGUAAAAACCACAAAAUAUUAAAAAAAAAAAAAUAAGAAAUAACGAAAAAAUCGUAAAAAUUAAACUUGUUUGUAUAAAUCAUAUUUUUAUUGGAUGAAAAUCAUAUAAGUUAUUAUGGUCAUAUAUAUAAUAUUAUAUAAUUACUAUUAUUAUAUAAUUCUAUUUCUUAAGCUAUAUUCUAUGAAAGUGUGUAAAAUAAUUAAGUAAUAUUGAAUAAAUGUUAUUAAAUUUUAUAAGAAAAAUAUAUGAAGACAUUUAUAUUAUAAACGAGCAGCAUUCGAUAAAUGUGCAAGAAUGACAAGAAUGCGAGUGAAAUAUGCGAUGUGAUUGGAAGAAUAUGACUUUGGCUAUAAUUUUUGUUGCAAUUUACGGUAGCAAGUGUACACAAUAUAAUGUUUCAAAAAAACAUUUAUUAAAAUUCAAACAAGAAACAGUUAAAUGUGAAAAGAAGGCAUGAAAAGGCCUGGUUGAUGGUUAUCUUUCCGUUUACUUUUAUGCUCUAAAGAUACAGUACGUUUGAAAAGAGCGUGUAUGGCGAAACUUGGAAACUAAUUUCAUAAGAAAUGG